CACAGGCUUGUCAACAGGCACAGCGACAAAACGAGGCGUGAACAAUACUUAGUACGUGGAGCUGAGAAGCAUUUCUAAACACUUUAGCAUCCGAAUCUGGGAGUUCGUUUGGGAUUUUGUUCGGAAACAUCCAGGCCACAAUGAAGAGCUUUAUCGAAGCCCUAUGAGCUCUGCGGACAUAAGAAACUUGACUCUUCUGUAAGCAGAUGAAAGUCCCAGGCUGGAUUGAAUGGCCUGCAGUAUCCAAGGACUUAACAACUGAAGCUGUGAAGGCUUGUCUAGCAGUGGAAGGGAGAGUAUUGUAGUGGUGUAAAACCAUGACUGAAAAAGCCUGAUCAGCAACUGACCCUGUGGGAGUAGUGAAAUGACCAGCCAGUAUCCCAGCCAUGGAGAGAGAUCCCCAGAUAAAAAGCCAGCUACUGUGGCUCCUAAGCUCCAUGUCCAGCAAUCGCCAUCAAAGGAGGCCAUUACCAUCCACUUCUCAGCUUUCGGGAAGGAAGAAGAUGAAGAGGAAGAAGGUCUGUUUAUUACAGCCUCCUCUACAGCCCCAGCUCCUCUGGACGGCUCAAAUAUUGUGACUGCUCUGGAAGCGAGUGAGGAAAUGUUUGAAGGGGAACCCCUUGACUCUGCAUCUCCUACCAGGUUUUCGCCCAGUUCAAGUAAUCACACUAACCGUUCACCACAAACCCUUUCUUCAACUGUUCCUGAACACAAGGCCUCAACUGCCAACUCUUCUCCCAUAAAAUCUCUGAGCUUUCCCUCCACAUUAGGUUUGGUAAAGGCACUACCCCCAGAUGAUGGCGCCUCCUCUGCUCCGACCAUAAGACAUAGGCAACUUAUGAAAAGUCUCGUCAAAUCCUUGUCAUCAGAUACAUCCCAGGACUCAUCCUCUUCUUCAUCAUCCUACCGUCUUCCAGAGUCUCGCCUUAACCUGCAAGUCUUAAAGCAAUUUGCACAAUCAAGAAUGCAGUCUGCUUCCAUGGCAUCAAUUAGCGAUUCUAAAACUGCCCCCUCCUCACCGUUGACUUCGCAAGAGAACCGAAGUUUCUUUAAAGUCUCUGAGGUCGAAGCACGAUUUGAGGAUACCAAGCGGCGUCUCACUGAAGCUAUUUCUGAACCAUUGCAGCUUCUCAGUAAGAUCAUAGAUGAGAAGAGCGCUAGCAGCAUUUAUCGGCCUAAGGGGCUCUCAUCCAGUGCCACAGAACUCUCUACGCUCACUUCUCUGAAUGGUAACCAGGAGAGCAACAACAACUACUGCAUCAAAGAAGAAGGGGGUGAAGGUGAGGCAGAAAGCCCCAACAGCUGGACCGCGGUUGGAGCCGAAUCACCAGCUGGCCCCUGUUCCAACACUAAAAGCCCCAACAAUCUAUCCUUACUUUCCAUGUCUGCCCUCGCUAAAUUGGACGAGGAAGACUUUUGCAUUUUGAACAAUGAGGACUUUGAAUCUUGCACUGACACAGAGGGUGAAGGUAUUGAAGGAUCCAAUAACACCCUACCACUAAGUAGUUGUUCAGACCCAAGCUGUGAUGAUGAAUAUGAAGGUUUUGAGUCAGCACCUGAUGUCCCACACUAUACUCUCGCCGUCCUGACGUUUCUACUUUAUACAUGCUUUGUUUUACCACUUCCAAGCUACGUGGGGGGAGUACUACUUGGGAUUGGACUCGGGUUCUUUCUAGCCAUCGGUAUUGUUUGGCUCACGGGGCCAAAACGCUCUGGAGGGGAUGUGAAAUAUUCCAGAAAUCACAGAGAGCUGUGGAAUGUCACCAAGAUGGAUGUUAAAGAGCCUGAGUCCUAUAAGGGCUGGAUGAAUGAGAUCUCAAACUAUGACCCAGAAACUUACCACGCCACACUGACUCACUCUGUGUUCGUCCGCCUGGAGGGUUCCAUCAUUCGUCUUUCCAAACCCAACCACAACAUCGCCCGCCGUGCCUCACACAACGAACCAAAGUCUGACAUGAGCUUUGUCAGUCAGAAGAUUUAUGACCUCAGCAAUAGCAAGGUCUAUUUAGUGCCUCAAAAUCUUGCCAGGAAGAGAGUGUGGAACAAAAAGUACCCAAUCUGCAUCGAACUUGGCAGACAAGAUGACUUCAUGUCAAAGGCAGAAGAUGAAAGGUCUGAAGCCAGUGAGUCGUCGACUUCUGAGCUUAAUGGUGAAAGAACCAGUGCGGCACAGGACCGACGGUCCUCUGUGACCAGAAGAGACCGGACCAUCUUCUUGUUUGGGCGGACUGGGAGGGAGAAGGAGGAAUGGUUCCAGCGGUUUCUGUCAGCCUCUAAUGUCAGAGCUGAUCUGAAGCAAGUUCCCUGUUUUGGAACCAGUAAAAAAGCCUCUCACAGCCGCAGCAGCAGCCGCAGUAGUCUUGAUGAAGUCCUGGCACCACCGCUCAAAUCAAGAGACUCAACGACCUCCUUGAUGACAGCAGGCAGUGCCAAAAACAAGCUGCCAUUAGACUAUAGUGUGUACAUGGCCUCCGUAAUGCCAAAAAAUCAAGCGGUUGGUCUCCCAUCUUCCAGCUCUUCUCAGAGUCUGCAGAGCACCCCUGGAGCUGAUAAAAAGCUUCAGAACAGCACUACAGCUCAGGCGCAGCCCAGGGGAGAGGAGGAGGAGUCUGUUGCCUGGGUGAACGCGGCUCUCGGCAGGCUCUUCUGGGACUUCCUGACCGAGCCCUACUGGGUUGAAGAAGUCUCCAAGAAAAUUCAGAUGAAGCUCAGCAAGAUUCGACUGCCUUACUUUAUGAAUGAGCUCACCCUGACAGAACUGGACAUGGGGACAAGCACCCCCAGAAUCCAUCAAGCAUCUGCACCUUAUGUUGACUGUCGAGGUCUAUGGUUUGACUUAGAGGUCUCCUACAAUGGCUCCUUCCUGAUGACUCUGGAAACCAAGAUGAUUCUCAAUCGUCUGGGAAAGGAUGGAGAAAGUCUCCGCUUGGGGGAAUUUGGCAAAGAGGGGUACAGGCCUCGUACCUACUGCCUAGCUGCUAGUGAUGAAGAGUCAUCAAGCGCAGGUUCAUCUGAUGAGGAAGAUUCUUCUGACCUUUCAAAUGAUUCAACUGGAGCUGACAGCAGUCUGGUGGGCGGACAUAAGCCAAGCAAGAUCAUGCGCUUUGUUGACAAAAUUGCCAAGUCCAAAUACUUCCAGAAGGCCACGGAGACGGAGUUUAUCAAAAAGAAGAUGGAGGAAGUGUCCAACACACCCCUCCUGCUCACUGUGGAGGUUCAGCAACUCAGAGGAACGCUGGCUGUCAACAUUCCUCCUCCUCCCACUGACAGGAUUUGGUAUGGCUUUAGGACUCCACCUCACCUGGAACUAAAGGCUCGACCCAAACUUGGGGAGAGAGAAGUGACUCUGGCUCAUGUUACAGACUGGAUUGAGAAAAAACUGUACCAGGAAUUCCAGAAAAUCCUUGUAAUGCCAAACAUGGACGACGUGUGGCUGACCAUCAUGCACUCUGCCAUGGACCCUCGCACUGCUGGCGGACCCUUAGUCAGCCCUCCGGGGAACACAGAGCCAUCUUAGCACAACCUGGACAGCAAACCUAAGCUUCGGAGAUUGUUUACAGUAUUGCCUAAAGCUUCUGGGGUUUAAUAAUAAAAACUCAAGCCAAAGUCUUCAGGCACUGUUGUCACAGAAAGACAUUCCCCUAGAAAGUUACUGUCAAGCGUUCUAGAAAAGAAAUGCUGCGGUUCUCUUGGAACCAGGUUAAGUUGACCAAGUCAAAAACUAAUAGCAUAUUGUUGCUUGCUGCUAUUUUAACUUGUACUCCUCGAUGUAAAGAACCUAUUGAUGAGUUACAGUUAUUUGGAGGAGAGUUGGGGUUGGCUCUUUGUUCAUUCCUGUUCUCAAGGUAAUAACUCUGAUUAUGAUUAUUCUAAGUAUGUCCUAUAGGCAGAGACAGGAACGCAUUCACCAAAUACCUUACUAGCUAGCUGAUAGUGGACGAAAGGAUCCACUGUAGCUUCCCUUUAGAAAUGCAGCACAUUUAGAUUAGAAUGACCUUUAAGCACCGGACAUAUCAGAUGUUCUGUUGUUUUUGUAAGACACCUGAACCUUAUUUUUUCUUUUUUUCUUUUUUUGGCAUCAGGUAUUAAUUUACAGUAUUUAUUUGCUGUGACCAGACCUGAGCACCCUGUACAACUGCCAAAAACGUUUUGUUUUUAUUUUUAGAUUUUAUUUUAAUCCCACUGAUGCCAUACUUAAACUAUUGUAAUAGUUAAUGGGUAAAGUGGUUAUGGUAUGAUCUAUUUUAUAAAUUCUAUACAUGAGUGACCACACACAAGCACAAUAUGUACAAUAAGUGCUUCUUGGGCCAAGAUCUGAUUCUCUAUAGGGACUAUAUGAAAAAUUAUGUCUGAAGAGUACAAUGCCUCUAACACUCUGUUGAAUGUAUUACAGGAACCUUUUUUGUUUUUUCUUUGCAGAAAACUUUCUUCCCAGUCAAAGUUAGGCUGGGUUAUGCAAACAAUUGCACAAUUUUUUUUUUUAUUCUUUUUUUUUGUAAUGAUAAACACUAUCUCACUUUGCAUAUCUUUUUCCACACGUGACUGAUAAUCCGUAUAGCUAAUGAGGUAGCACACGAUGCAUCUUUUUUUGUGUGUCAUCUGUUGAUAUUGGGAGAGAUCGUUAUUGAUCAGCCUGAAGUGUGCUUUUAAUAGACUACCUGCUACACUCUGUGAACAGAGGGUACUCUCAAUAACGUAGCUUUGUUUUUUGUUUUUCAAGGAAUGUAGCUACAGAUUAAUUACUGAAGAAAUAUUUCUAAACCAAAAUCCUGUGGGGUCUGAUUCUUAUGUGAUCUAAAAAUUAUAAAGCGUUAUCGGCUCAUACUGGGGAGUGUGCUACAACUGUGCAUGAACUUUGUUUACAGGACUUUAUGUUUUAUUUUAGUUUGGUAAAGCACCGUGACGAUAAUUAUUGUGUUGGUUAUUUUCCAUUUUUGCCUUGAUUCCAGUUUACAUUCAUUAGAAGAUGCUUAAAGUGGGUUAUGGCUUCGGUUUUUUGUCUAUUUUGUGGUAUUAUGAGAAUGAAACAAGAUUUUUCAGAAAUAUUAAAGAAGUAAUUUGUAUCUGUGAGUUAUAAAUUGCUUUUGACAAGUACAUGUAAUUUUAUGGCCAAUAUUGAGAAGGCCAAAAUUGAUUCAACAUGUAUCUGCCUUAUUUAUAGAGCAAAAUAAAUCUAU